AUGGCCAGGACCUUGAUGUACAGCAUCUAUCAUCCACCGGAGCGGGUCCGGCGGCGGAUACUCGUCGUCUCCCUGCUGAUCCGAGACCCUACAACCGCCGCUAGGGCCGAGCAGGAGGCAGCCGACAACAACAGCGUCGUGACUGAGCCUAAGGCCGACGAGGAACCUGCGGCGAGGCGGACGCGCAGCCGUCGUGUCGACCGUCUACCGGAAGAGAUCCUGGUGUGGGAGAUCCUCGUGCGCCUUCCGGCCAGGGACAUCCUCCGCUGCCGCGCUGUCUGCCGGUCCUGGCGCCGCCUCGCUUCCGCCCCUGAUUUCCUCUUCGCGCACCACCGGCGCCAGCCGUCGCUCCCCCUGGUCGCGCUCUACAGUGGCACAUACAGUACAAAUAGAGAGGCCGGUCUCCCAAUAUUGGGGCGCGAUCGCGGCCGGCCUGUCCUUGGGUUCGACGACUACAACGACUGCGAUGGCUUCAAGCUGCACUCCGCCUGCGACGGCCUCGUCCUGGUCAGAGGGUCUGACGGUUGCUUCAACAUCUGUAACCCAGCCACGCGUCAGUUUGCUCCACUCCGGAGCCUCGACCACAUCAACCUCAAGAUAGCGGCGCUGUACCUGCACCGCCCAUCGGGCGAGUACCGCAUCCUAUACUGGAAAGAGAGCCACUGGGAUGGGACACGGCACAAAGCAGCUGCCUGGCACAUCCUUACGGUGCAGCGGAGAAGCUUGCCGAAGUGCAUCGGAGUUCCUUCAGAUAACCCUGUAAUUGUGUAA